CCGACACCGCCUCGCCGCUGGGACUCUGCUUCCCCAGUUAUCGUCACGUGUGGAGGCAGUGGAGGUGGGAUCGAGGCAGUGGAGGUGGGAUCGAGGCAGUGGAGGUGGGAUCGAGGCAGUGGAGGUGGGAUCGAGGCAGUGGAGGUGGGAUCGAGGCAGUGGAGGUGGGAUCGAGGCAGUGGAGGUGGGAUCGAGGCAGUGGAGGUGGGAUCGAGGCAGUGGAGGUGGGAUCGAGGCAGUAGAGGUGGGAUCGAGGCAGUAGAGGUGGGAUCGAGGCAGUGGUGGUGGGAGACAGUGGAGGUGGGCAGCAGGCCGGCGGUGAGGAGCCAGACUGAGAGUGAAGAUGGAGCCGUCUCUGUCCAUGUUGAGCUGCGCGGUGAUGGGCAUGACGGUGGUCGUCCUCAUCAUCAACACCAUGAACCUCAAGAUGGCGUCUGACGUAAACACCAAGAGCAUCCACAAGCGCCUGGUCCAAAGGGAGAGUGAGCUACAGGGGUGUCAGGAGUCUCUUCACAACACCACCGGCCGGCUGGCUCAAGCUGAGGCCAAGGUCAAGGAGGCGGAUAAGACAAAAGAAUCGCUGAAGGAGUUGGAGAAUACGAAGCAGCUGAACAAGGCCCUGGAGGCGCGGGUGAAACAAGCCGAGGAGACGUUAAAGCAGCACCAAUCCACGAAGAAUGAGCUGGAGAAGGUCAAACGUGCAGAGAACGAGCUGAAAGUUCGGUUGAAAGAAGCUGAAAAUGCUCUGAAUCUUCUGUCCAAGCUUGAGGAACAGAGGAGAGCAAAAGAAAUAUCGAUGAAAAAGACAUGAAAACAACAUCUUAAGGAACUAAAAGAACAUACACAAGGAAGAAUACAUUCUUAGGCUUAAGAUUAAAAAUGCUAUAUAAAAAUUACGAAGGCCAUGACCAUGUAUAAUUUUUUGUGUACACUUUGCGUGGGUGGUGUUGGUCAGGUCAGAUUGUGUUUAAUAUAUAUUAUAUUAAGUAAACUCUUGAUGCAUUUGGUGGGUGUUGAGGCAUGAGUAUACCCACACAUUCCCCCCCCCCUCCCCACAUCACCUCUCAUAUUCUAUACAGUUCUGAGUAUUACUGAGUCAGUUCCAGAUUGUGAGUGUCUCAAUGUUCGUCCACCAGACACAAGAAAGUCUCCACUUAUGGUACAUUACAGAGCUUCCAUAGAGGGAGGAAAUACUCGCGGCAACUACAGAAGAACCUAUUGACUCUCGAACUCAAAUUGGCAGCUACGGGCCUUCUACACAAAUCACUAGUAUAAGUCAGCAUAAAAAAAGUAUGAAUUCAGAUGUUCAGAUGAACGUCCUCAUCUGUAAUCAAACUAAGUUCCAAACGAUCACGGGAUAUACUACUGCCGAAAUGAAAGAGAUAAACACAUUGCCUGAAACUGUUAAUGCCAAAAGAGCUUAAUUCCACCGUAAGAAAGUUACUGGAGAAUACAUGCCUAAGGGAUUGUCAAGAUCCAUAUGCUUGGAAACCCGUUUCGUUUGAUCAUCCUCCAGGUACCCACAUUUCAGCCCGUCCUCCAAACAAAGAUCCAAAAGUGAUUCCAUGCACCCGCCAACCCCCCUGUUUAUGAAUGAAAAGCGGUUUACACAAGACUCA